AAUAUUUUAUGGUACUUCAAAUACUAAGACACUAGGUGAAUUUUGUUUAGUUUUAGUGUUUUAUUUGAUGUUUAUUAAGUUCAACAAGAUGUCUAAUAAAUUUACUUGUGUCGAAGAUUUUGAAAAAUAUGCUGCUGGUACAUUACCAAGAAUGGUUUUAGGCUAUUAUCAAAGUGGUGCAUGUGAAGAAUACACCCUUUCAAUUAACAAAAAAGCAUUUAAUAAAUUACGUAUUGUACCUCGAGUGCUACGGGAUGUACAAAACCGAGACUUGAGUGUAACUGUUCAAGGUGUACAGGUAAAAGUCCCCAUAGGUGUAUCUCCCUGUGCAAUGCAUAAAAUGGCUCAUGAAGAUGGAGAAUGUGGAUCUGCUAGAGCUGCUGGAAAUCAUGGUGCAAUUUUCAUACUCUCUACAUUAUCUACAUGUAGUUUAGAAGAGGUAGCAGAAAAGGCACCUGAUACUGUAAAAUGGUUUCAAUUAUAUAUUUAUAAAGAUCGAAAUUUAACUGCAUCAUUAAUAAAGCGAGCAGAAAAAGCUGGGUACAAAGCAUUAGUAUUGACUGUUGAUGCACCUGUAUUUGGUAUUCGGUACAAAGACAUAAAAAAUAACUUUACUUUGCCAAGUCAUUUAAAAUUAGGUAAUUUUUCCAAUGAGUUGUCGAAAAUGAACAAUACUUCUGGCUCUGGUCUAACAAAAUAUGUAAUGAGUCUUUUUGAUGACCGUUUGGUUUGGGAUGACGUAAAAUGGCUGAAAAGCAUUACAAGCCUACCUAUAAUUGUAAAAGGUAUUUUAAAUGCAACUGAUGCAAAAAUCGCUGCUGACUUAGGAUGUAGUGGUGUGUUUGUUUCCAAUCAUGGUGGAAGACAGUUAGAUACAUCUCCAGCUACAAUUGAAGCUUUACCCAGCAUUGUAAAAGAAGUUGGACAUAGAAUUGAUGUUUAUCUUGAUUGUGGGAUAAGACAUGGAACUGAUGUGUUUAAAGCUUUGGCUCUUGGUGCCAAAAUGGUAUUUUUGGCUCAACCUAUACUAUGGGGCUUAACUUUCAAUGGCCAAAAAGGUGCAGAAGAAGUUUUGAAUAUAGUCAUUAAUGAAUUUGAUAACACAAUGGCUUUAACAGGUUGUGUGUCAUUAGAUCAAAUUGAAAAAGACAUGGUGGUACAUGAAUCAUUAUAUUCAAAAAUUUAAAAAUAAUUUUAUUAAUUAUUUUAAAAAUUAUAUUUUUAGUUA